UUGUGUCGAGACUCGAGAGGUUUCUUCUUCUCUAUUCUUUCUUUGGUCAAGUCUUGAAGCUAAUCUCAAUUCUUUUAAAGAAAAUUAAUGGUGAGUAGUUGCGAGCUUUGCUGCGAGAUCUUGAUCGCGAUCCUUCUUCCUCCUGUUGGAGUUUGUCUCAGGCAUGGCUGUUGCACCGUUGAGUUCUUUAUUUGUUUGGUUCUCACCUGUUUGGGAUACCUCCCUGGAAUAAUCUACGCCGUUUACGCCAUCUUGUUCUUGAACCGCGAUGACUACUUUGAUGAGUGCAGACGCCCAAUCUACUACGUUGCUUGAUUAUUUGUUCUUUCAUGAAAACAUAUAUAAUAUAUUCGUUACUAUGUAACUAAUCAGUACUGUUUCUUAUAACAUUGAAGGUUAUACGUUGUGUUGUUAAAUGCUACAAAUAUACAGAACAUGUUUCUUUAAGGCGUUUUCUUAUGACCCAUUUUAUCAAAUGCU